CUGCAAGAACCUGUUAUUAAGUUUUACUUUCCAUAGGAAUCGCACAACGCUUGAAAAAAAAUAAUAAUAACCAAAUCAUGGCUGAAACGCUCGUUAAAUUUAUUCGCAACCUAGCUCUGACUUUUUGUUUAUUUAUCAUAAAAGUAUGUCAUGUCUUUUCUUUCAGGUUGCUUCAGAGAUAUUUCUUGGCAAUGAGCGCUCAGGAAUCAAGAAGGGGUCUUUUUCAAAGCCAAUCGCAAGGAAAGAAAUUUAGCUCCAUAACCUCCAAGAGUUUUAUGAAGCAAAGUGGAGGAAAGCACACAAAUGGGAAAUCGUUGGGCGUGCAGCUGGAAGAUAAAAACUCCAAACUGUUGACAAAUGCCAUACAAAGUGAUUCAAGGGGAACAAAAUGGGCAAAAACUCAUGGCAAUGAAUGGCAAGCAAAGCGGAGGACGCGUCCGAGUGGGGUUAGAACAACAAGACAAAUCAGGCGAAACGAGAGAGAAAGAGGGAGGAAAGCAAGAUUAAACGCGGCCUUUCAAGUCCUUCGUUCAGUUGUACCAAGUAACGUGAAUUCUUCUGGAGGAGUCAGCGAACGAAAGAUGACUCAAGUUGAAAUCCUACGUCUGGCUAAAAAUUAUAUUUCGAACCUUACGGAACUACUCGACAAAAUCAAAGAAGAAGAGAAGUACUCUCUUCGAGCUUUCAAUGCUUAAAUACUUUUAUUGUUAUCGUGAUGAGAUUCCUCCCGUCACUUUGGUAAUUUUGGUUUUUAAAACUACGUGAAUGCAACGAAAAGCCAGCGAUUAGAAAUUUAGAAAUACAAAAUGCUGAAGCAAAAACACCUCUGGUUAAUUUGAAGUUCACCGAACAACUGCAACGAGAACCCCUUGAGACUUCACUCUCGGCAAUCUAAUUAGCAUGUUGCAAUGUGACAGUUGUAUCCCCUUUUUGUUAAGUGACAAUGAGAUGAUAUUGUUUUAGAGUGUUUUCUCGCAGAAAAUAAAGCUGUGAAAAUUUCCCGAUUCGGGGACUUAAA